AUGUCAACGGCCACUCAGCCUGACAAGGUCAGGCUCGACAAGUACAAAUGGCCCUCUGGUUGGGACCCCACCGGCUAUCCCGUCAAAUGCGCCCACUCGACUCAAAACUACACCGGCACAGGCUCUUUCAAGAACUCUCGUACUGGCAGCACAACCAACUGUAUGUUUCUCAAAGCCAACGCCGAAGGCGUUGUCAGAGGCUAUACCCGCGAUCGACAGUACUUCUACAUUGCCGUUGCUCCCGAGUGGUCUUCCCGCGAUACAAGCAAAGGCGAUCUUGGAUGGGUUCCGGCCGGAUGGCUCUUCAUUGGUCUCCUACGCAAACACGGCGACACACGCAUUACUCGCGAAGGUGUGGAGCUGGCCAGACUCAACAACACCAUCAAGUUCAACCUCAAUGUGAGCGGCCUUGACGCUCUGACCGCUGUGCUCACCCUCACCUUUGGAGGCGCGUACCAUUGCAUGGAUAUCCUCACUUUCAUCCCUGACGACAAUUGGAACACUCUCCGUGACCUUGGACCCAAGAAGCUUGCUACAUUGAUCACUGCGGGUAUCAAGAAGGCUGCUCCGGAUUACUACAAGCUCCUCAAUGGUCAUGCAGACUGGGUUCUUCGGGACGUCCAGAAGGCUGGUAGACAAUUCACACAGUCCGACAACACGCGCUCGCUUAUCUAUUCCAUCGGGUACUACUUCCGCGACAAAGCUGCCGGCCAAUACAUCGGCUACACAGGUGAUGGCCUUGAGCGUGAAGAAGGACACGACAGAGAUAUCGAAGUCAGCAACGCCUGGCACUACCAAUACGCUCGCGGUUACAAGGAAAAGACUCACCGCGUAAUUUGUGACCUUGGUGAUAAGGCACAGGCAGCAAAGAUUGGCCCUUGGGCUGAACAGGCCCUUAUCCUCAUCAACAAGUCUCAAGCUUAUUUUUGCAAAUACCCCAACGUCGGUAGUAUCGGUCUUGAUGCUUUGACCGCCGAGGAGACACAGACUGAUGAGAAUGAUGCCGACGACGACGAGAUCAAGGCUGAGGCCGUUGAUAGGCGUAUUCAAGCUCGUCUUCUGAUCGAAAUCUUCAACAAGGCUUGCGCCAAGGUCCCUACUUUCAGACCUAACACCUACAAAGAGAAGGUCGUCGGUCUCAACCACGAGUCUCCUGUCGCAAAAUUCGGUGUCUUCAGGAAGUUCCCAUACACUCGUAUCGUCGACCCCACCGGCAUGACCAUUUAUCGUAGUCACUAUCAUCCAGCUCGCAAAAACAACAACCAGCCCUUCCAGAACCUGCUGAUCGAGGGAGUCAAGUCCGAGGGCGAUGACAACUUUGUCCUGUACUUCGCUAGAGGAGGACCAUUGCCUCCUGUGGGUGCACGCACUGCUAUUGUGAUUGAGAUUAAGCCCAACAACAAGCGCCACGAGAUCCCCUACGCCCGUCUCCCACCUGUCAGCUCCGUUCGCGGCUAUACUGAGUGCAAUAGCGUUGGCAUCCGUGUUGAAUGGCAAGAGAAUGGCAAGACAAUGUCUAUGCCAGUACAAAGUCAGUUCUCAUACAAAUUAGUUGAGGAUGCAAACGGCAAUGCGAUUCGAGGUGUGCAGGUCAAUUUGGUGAAGAUGCAAGGUCUUCUUCGCCAUCUUCGGCAGACAAAGCUCGCCGCUGCCCCAGCUUGGUUCAAAAACUAUGGCGUCGCUCGAAUCUUCGACGUGACUUAUAACCACCUCAGACAAGAGAUCAACAUGAAGGAAAUCUUCAACCAGAACCGCCCCGUCACACUUACCAAGAACGAUAUCGUCUUGACCAACGACGAGAUCAGACAAGCCUUCUUCGACAUUGGUGUUCCUCAUGACCGCAUCGACGUUUCUUGGGAGGUGCUCAACCAGAAGGGUCAUGGCCUGAAGAGGAAGACAUGUGAUCGUUGUUACACCAUGAACCUCAUUCGUCUUCUGGGUAACUCUCUCCCUGCUGAGUGCGAUCACAGUUCUGGUAAACCUUGCACGGCAUGCCAGGGUAUGGGGCUCUUGUGUACUUUCACUGACACUGAUGAUCUGAGAGCUAACGCGGCCCUCAUUGAGGCCUCAUCCUACAUCGCUGUUGACCGCAGAAUGGGUCGCAACUUCAGAUUCAUUGAGCAAAUCCCUGAUUCCCACGUCAAGGAGGGCAAGUGA